AUAUGGCUACAGGUUACCCAGCAGAGCAUGUACACCUGCGCCGAGCUGAUGCCAUUCGUUCCCGUCUCAUUGAUACUUUCUCUCUCAUCGAGCAUUUGCAAGGCUUGAGCCAAGCUGUGCCACGGCACACUAUCCGGGAGUUACUUGAUCCUUCCCAUCAGAAGAAACUUAUCUUGGGAGAUCAACACCAGCUAGUGCGCUUCUCUGUAAAGCCUCAACAUAUAGGACGGAUUUCACAUGCCCAGAGACUAUUGAGCAGACUUUAUGUACGCUGCAGUCAGAGGCCACCUCUUGCCUUGUGGGCUGGAUGGGUCCUUGAGCGUCCUCUCUUCACAAACUUCAUCAUCUUCCUCAUCUUUUUGAAUACGAUUGUAUUAAUGGUUGAAAUAGAAUUGCAAGAAUCCACAAAUACCAAACUGUGGCCAUUGAAGCUGACCUUGGAGGUAGCAGCUUGGUUUAUCUUGCUUGUUUUCAUCCUGGAGAUCCUUCUUAUGUGGCUAUCCAACUUUUUCCAUUUCUGGAAGAGUGCCUGGAAUGUCUUUGACUUUGUUGUUACCAUAUUGUCCCUGAUUCCUGAGGUUGUGGUGUUGGUAGGGGUAACAAGUCAUUCUGUCUGGCUCCAGUUUCUGAGGAUCUGCCGGGUGCUGAGGUCUCUCAAACUCUUUGCGCGAUUCCGUCAAAUUCGAGUUAUUAUUUUGGCCCUGGUCAGGGCGCUCAAGAGCAUGACCUUCCUCUUGAUGUUGCUGCUCAUCUUCUUCUACAUAUUUGCUGUGACUGGUAUCUACUUCUUCGAGGAGUACACCCGUUCAUCUCGCCAGGACCUGGAGUACCACAUGUUCUUCUCGGAUGUGCUAAAUUCCCUAGUGACGGUGUUCAUUCUUUUCACCUUGGAUCACUGGUAUGCACUGCUUCAGGAUGUCUGGAAGGUUCCUAAAGUCAGCCGUGUCUUCAGCAGCAUCUAUGUCAUCCUUUGGUUAUUGCUUGGCUCCAUUAUCUUUCGGAAUAUCAUAGUAGCUAUGAUGGUUACUAACUUCCAGAAUAUCAGGAAAGAGCUGAACGAGGAGAUGAGACAUCGGGAGGCUCAGCACAAAGCUAACAUAUUCAAGCGGCGGAUUAUCCAGAGGAGACAAAAACUGUCCUCUGAGGCACUGAUAUCAAGCCAUAGCAAAGUAGAUGCCAGAGAAUCCAGUCAACAAAGGGAAUCUUUAGAUUUAUUAGACACUUCUGAAGAAGAGUCUAGACACGGUGUCACUGAAGAGGAUUUAAUAGCAUUUGCAUCAAAAACAGAAGAGCCUUUGUCAAAAAGAAAAGAAUACCCAUCUUCUUCCUCUGCUUCCUCCACAUCCUCCUCUUUCUCCUCUACUGAAUCUGAAUAUUCUGAAUCUAUUGGUCAGUUGGACUGGGAGACUCUUGUGCACCAGAAUCUGCCUGGGCUAAUGGAUAUGGAUCAGGAUGACCGCAUUGUUUGGCCCAGAGAUUCGUUGUUCCGAUAUUUCGAGUUGCUAGAAAAGCUUCAGUAUAACCUAGAGGAGCGUAAGAAGUUGCAAGAGUUUGCAGUGCAGGCACUGAUGAACUUUGAAGACAAGUAAAGGAAUGGAUGCAUUCGGUAUCUUUGGGCCCAGUCUAAAAGAUAAUUAAGAGAAUAGUUGGAAGUAGAGAAUUCAAAGUAUAAAUGUUUAUUCAGAUAGUCCAAUGCCUGUU